AUGACGCGAGGGACUGGAACGGCGCGGUGCAGCAUGCUGCGCUCAGACCGCUGCGCCCGUGGGUCAGGCAGAGAGAUUCCCUGGAGGAAGGACUUACCGGAUGAAGGACUUUGGGAGCAUCACGAAUUCUUUCUGCCUAACCAAGGGAGAUGUAGCAAACUGCGGAAAGCUCUAAUGAGUCGACCAUCCGUGUCCUGGUUGGGACAUGCACUGCCAGUUCUACCCAUUUCUUUCCCAGCUGUUCUGGACCUGGACCUCAAGCUGGACUGGUCCAAGACAGCGUGUCUGAGGAGUGGGAGCACAGUGGCAGAGUUUAUCCUCGUUAACUCUGAGCAGAGCUCUCCUUCCACUCAGGCAUCGCUCUUUGCCCUCUUCCUGGCCCUCUACAGCCUUGCCAUGGCCAUGAAUGGCCUCAUCAUCCUCAUCACCUGGACAGACACCAGGCUCAACAGCCCCAUGUACUUCUUCCUUGGCCACCUGUCCUUCCUGGACGUCUGCUUCAUCACCACCACCACCAUCCCGCAGAGGCUGAUCCACCUGGUGGCCGGGAACCACACUCUCUCCUUUGCCUCCUGCUGGACCCAGAUGUAUCGCUUCAGGGUAGGUGUGGCCGGGUGCAUCCUCUUGGCUUUUAUGGCCUAUGCCUAUGUUGCGGUCUGCCACCCCCUGAGCUAUGCACAGAUCAUGAGCUGGCAGGUCUGUAUGAAGCUGGUGAGUACUGCCCGGUUAUUUGGGCUGACCAAUGGCAUCUUGCUUGAUCACAUGACAUUUCAUGGUCCAUUCUGUAAGGACAACCACAUAGAAAACUUUUUCUGUGAGGCCCCCAUAGUGAUUGCUCUCUCCUGAGGGGGCCCCCAGCUCAGCCUGAGAAUGAUCUUUGCCGAGGGCCUGCUUGGCCCCGUGGUGCUCGUUGUCAUCUCCUGUGCCCGCAUCCCGGCCCCUGUCCUCGGAAGAGCCUCCUCCUCAGGUCGGGAAAAGACCUUCUCUGCCUGUGCCUCCCAUCUGACUGUGGUCACCUUCUUGUACACCUUGGCCAUGUUGUCCUACAUGAAUCCCCACAGCACACACGGCCCUGACAAAGACAAGCCUUUCUGCCCCCUCUCCACCAUCAUCACGCCCAUGUGCAACCCUGUCAUCUACAGCUUUUGGAACAAAAUGAAGGGGGCCAUGGUGAGGGCCCUUUGGAGGACCAGCUAGGACCAGGCAGAUUCUGUCUAGUGGGAGGACUACUGGAGGGAAGCUGCCUCACCUGGCUUAGUCAUCCCCUAGCCCUUACAAGUGGGAAACUCACUAAUUGAUAAGCUUCGGAAAAGAAUAUUCCUGGCUUCAUUUCUACCAGCAUCAGUCCUGGAAGAUCCUAUUGAGGUUUAAUUCUCAUCUAUGUGA